ACCUGAAAUAUGUCACUAACGGCCGUUUCCUUAUAGCAGAAGACAACAUGAGCAUACACUGCGGCCUUUCCAGCUCCAGCCGCCAACAAAUCUCGUUCGCUGUCACUGCCUAGCGCGCCUGACAGAGCGUCACGUGCGCCAAUGCCCUCGGUGGGCGUGUCAGAAAAUGCAUCGUAUACCACCGAGCUGGGCGUGGCCAGCCGCCUCUCACACGGCCCUGAGCGUGGUCCCGCCCCCUCCUCCAGCGGGCCCCCGGAUGACGUCUCCUGGCUGGAGGUGCUGGCCUUCCUGGGCAAGCUGCUGGGCGCAGUCGCCGCGCUGAAAGCAGCAGAGUACCUGCUCCGUGCACUGUGUGCAGUCAUGGCCUGGAAGUCAGGGGGAGCCAGCCAUUCCGAACUGGUCGGCAACCUGCGCAAAAAUGGGAUCAUCAAGUCAGACAAAGUAUUUGAAGUAAUGCUAGGAACUGACCGAAGGCAUUAUGCAAAGUGCAAUCCUUACAUGGAUUCUCCACAGUCGAUAGGUUAUCAAGCAACAAUUAGUGCUCCACACAUGCAUGCAUAUGCAUUAGAACUCCUCCAUGACCAGUUGCAUGAAGGUGCCAAAGCUCUAGAUGUAGGAUCUGGAAGUGGAAUUCUUACUGCCUGUUUUGCAAGAAUGGUUGGAGCUAAAGGACAAGUAGUAGGAAUUGACCAUAUUAAAGAAUUAGUAGAUGAUUCUAUAAAUAAUGUGAAAAAAGAUGAUCCAGCAUUACUAUCUUCAAGUCGUGUAAAAUUAUUAGUUGGUGAUGGACGAAUGGGCCUUCCUGAAGAGGCACCUUAUGAUGCUAUUCACGUUGGGGCAGCAGCACCUGUUGUACCACAAGCACUUAUAGAUCAGCUUAAACCUGGGGGAAGACUAAUACUACCUGUUGGACCAGCUGGAGGAAACCAGAUGUUGGAGCAGUAUGACAAGUUAGAAGAUGGAAGUGUCAAAAUGAAACCUCUGAUGGGGGUGAUCUAUGUGCCUUUAACAGACAAAGAGAAGCAAUGGUCAAGGGAUGAAUUGUAAUGUCUUCAUCACUCCAAUUCAAACAUAGUAUUAUGGUGUGGUGCUUCUACUGCACUCUCAAAGGCUUUUUCCAGAUUCCUCAUCGGUGCAGCUUUUUUUGGAUUUUGUUGCCCUGUUAAAAUGGCAUGGAGGUGUUUUAUUUUUUCCUUUUGGCUUUUAAGAAAACUGUAAACUGUGCAAGUUUAACUUGAGAUCUUUAAUUUAAGCUUUUUUUCUCCCCUUAUGUUAUGCAUUAAAAAUGCCAGUGUUUAACCCAAUGCAAAUACACCACAUUGUGAACUAUUUAAAAUUGCACUUAUAUUAUUUUAAUAUCUGGAAACAUUAAAACUGCAACAUUCAGCAUCAAUGUUAAAUUAGCAAAUGGUCACAAAAUGACACUAGAGUACAUACACAAUGUCACAUUUCUGCUAAAUGCUGCUAAACAUAGAACCGAGCUUCCUUCUCAGAGCUUUUUUUGAUGUGGUGUGUUAGAGUAGCAUGUGGAUGCUUUACUUGAGUACCAAGAUGUGUGCUUCUUGCUACCCCGUUGGUGCUUGAGCACAAUGGCCUGGUAUCUUCAGUACGAGAGCUGUAGACACCUGAACACAUAAAUAAUUUUCGUUGUUUUCAGAUACAAAAAUAAUUGGCAACCGAUGUUACAACCAAGCUUUUUUCCUGUUGAUGCAGUUUAUAGUUCACUGCUGUGUACAACACGUGCUGUGUAAGCCAUGUUCUUGCAGUUGAACAGUUUAUGCAGUUACGCUUUGCCAAAUAAAGUACAAAACAAGAUUGCUCCUGAGGUAA